AUGAGAUUGUUCGAAAGAAUAGUGUUUAAAAAAGAGAUCUCAUCAGAACUAAAACAAUUAAUAAAAUCUGACCAAUUCGCAUAUAAGGAAGGUACCAGCGCAACUGAUGCUCUUAUUAUGUGUCACCAUAAAUGGCUAAAUUGGCUGGAUGGUGAUGUUAAUCAUGUCAGGGUGAUUUCAUUCGAUCUCAAGAAAGCCUUUGAUUCCGUUUCUCACAACAUCAUUUGCAAGAAGCUAGGAAAAACCAACAUUAAUCCAUAUGUAAUAAAUUGGAUUAGAAAUUUUUUGACUGAUAGGAGACAAAGAGUAAUAGUAAACGGAAUAGAAACAAAUUAUGUAGACAUAAACAAAGGAGUACCGCAAGGCACAGUUCUUGGACCAUUUCUAUUUUCCUUAAUGAUAAAUGAUCUAACAGUCAAAGAUCCAAAUAACAACAUACUAGUCAAAUUUGCAGAUGAUAUGACUGUUAGCGCUCCAGUGAAAAAUAAUUAUGACUCCGCACUAGCUGAGGUAGACAAUAGUGAAAAAUGGACGGAAACAAACAGAAUGUCAUUAAAUCUAGAUAAAACAUGGGAAAUGGUUGUAAGUGGCAAAUCAACAAAUCCUUUACCAGAACCAAUAACGGGGAUCGAACGCAAGACUUGGCUGAAACUAUUGGGAACCACACUGCAGAAUGAUCCAAAUUGUUGGGACCUUCAAGUUAAUAAUUUGAUAUCUAAAGCUAGUAGGCGAAUGCACAUCUUGAGAAUAUGCAGAUCGUAUGGCUACUCUAAAAAAAUUUAACAAUUCUCUUCGACGCACUUAUUAUGUCUUUAUUUUCUUAUGGAAUCGAAGUAUGGGGUUCUGCACUUGAAAAGAAGUACCUGGAACGGAUUGAUAAAUUUCUUAGGCGAGCAUACAGAUAUGGAUACACAACAAAAAGUGUUCAGAUAAUUGAUGUGAUUAAAGAAAAAGACAUGAGUUUAUUUGAAAAAAUAUGUAGCAACCCAGACCACCCUUUAUACGAACUACUUCCUCCUAAAAGACAAAGACCGUUAAGAGAACGCGAACACGAUUUCAUAUUACCUAAGGUUAAAACAGAAAGAUUCAAACGGUCGUUUUUAAAUAGGUGUCUUUUUAAUAAUUUUAGCUAAAAUAAUUAACUUAGAUACAUAAUAAUAACUUAGUCUUAGUCUUUUUAAGAAUUCUACCUAAGAAUAAUUAACUUAGAUACAUAAUAAUAAUUAAGUUUAUUUAUUUAUUUUUUUUGGAACCUUGUAUAUGAGAAUUUUAAAUGUAAAGUCACACGUCUGUUGUGGCUAUGUUUAAUAAAGACUUAAUAAUAAUAAUAAUAAUAAUAAUAAUCCGUUUACGGAAUCCGCGUUUUAUCCUCAAAUGCGGAAUCCGCAUCCGGAAUCCGCUUACAGAAUCCGCAUUCAGGUUCCGCGUUUUAUCCCAACCCCACUAGGGAUAUGUGUAUCCCCGACAAUAUGGCGGUCGUGUUCUGCGUAUCCCUAAACAACCACCCUACAUUCCCACAUCACUAGGGAUACAAGUAUCCCUAACAUUUCGCAGGAAAUAAAACAUGCAGAACUGCACAUGCAAGCUUGAAAAUAACACUCUAAAUAGUGUGUUGGAUUGUGUUUCGAACAAGACUAAUACUAAUUAAAAAGAUGUGUUGAAAGGGGCCGAAGUUAUAUUCGGCGAAAGGUAUGGCUUAGUGAUAAGUGAUGUAUUGUUUACAUUCUUCGAGUUUAUUGUAUAUUUAUACAGUAUUUAUUGUGUAUUAUUACACAUUUAUUGUGUAUUUAUACAGUAGUAUGGUAUGGUUAAUUUACAUUGUUCAAGUAUGCCUAGUUUAUAAUUUAUGGCUAUUGUACAUUGUUCGAUUUUAUAGAACUUUUCAAGUGGAUUUUUUUUGUGGUACUUUCGUAUUUCUACUGCAACUACUCGCGGAGUUCUGAAGAUGGUGAUGAUGAAGAUGGUGAUGAUGGUGAUGAUGGUAGUGGUGAUGAUGAAGAUGGUGAUGAUGGUGGUGGUGAUGGUGAAGAUGGUGAUGAUGGUGGUGGUGAUGAUGAAGAUGGUGAGUAUACGACGCGAACAUGCUAUCUUACAACAUAA